AGAAUCACUGCUUUUCCCGCAAACACGCUGUGUGAAGUUUUUUUUAGUUUUUCGAGCUAUCAAGAGCCAAAGAUAUUUCACCCUCUCAGGAGGAGGCAGAAUAAAUUUGGAACAUUAAAACCAGAUCUUAUUAUUGCACAGUGAAAUAUCUGGCACCAACAAUUGUCGGCCAAGAUGAGCCUGAAAUCGGAACCUAAAUCACAGAGAGAGAUGACUCGUACACGUCAGCUGUCAACACUGGGGCAGGAACAAUAUGAGACAGCAGUUGAUAGACACUUGCAGAAGAUUCGUGAAGUUAAAAGGGAAAUUGACGGAUGCAUAGAUGACAUUAAGUUGAUAAAACCCUCCAGCGAACCAUGUAUAGAUGCAUUCCGCCAACUUUUAAACUCCUGCUACAGUGCAUAUAGGAAGUGUUCCGAGGACUUUCUCUCCUACUUGCGAGGCAUGCGAACACCUGAAAGUCUUAAUGAAGCAGCGGCCCACCGUUUAAUUAUGGACACUAUGAGAGCAAAGGUCGAUGCUGUGCAUCACAAUUUGAAUGAACUUUGUAAUGUAAAAGAUUCAAAAACACAAUGGUCUAGAGCAGGAUCUACACAUUCACAACAUGACCUUCGAAAGAAAAUUAGCCCUAGCAGGUCCAAAUCAUCAACACCCAGUGAGUUUUCUGCAGGGCAGCUUAAGUAAAAGUGGAAGUUCAAGUACCUACCUCCAAAGAGUGGAAGCCAAACUAAAUGCAUCUCGAGCCAAGUUAAAAUAUGUCGCAAAGGAGGUGAUAAUUCUUAAGGAAAGGGCAUCCUUGGACGCACAGCUGAAGUUGGUUAAAGCCGAGUGUGAAGUUGAGAUGCGAGAGAAAGAAAUAGAGGCCAUGAGAGAAACGUAUGGAUUUGACAAGGAAGACCCAGAAAUGUCCUCGACAAGGCGGUCACGCACGGAAGAAUACGUUAACAAUCUUCUUAAUAUAGAGCUCACAGAUGUUCAACAGACUGAUACUUCACCUACAGUGGCCCAGAAAGUGAGAGAAUCUGUUCAAGAGACAGAACAAGUAGACAGCUACACUAAUGCACAUUGCGAGCGCACUAACCUGGACCCAGAUGCUCCAACAUUCAUCCCCAACAGAUCUUCACCCCGUAAAGCCCCGAUGAUCACAUCAUCCCCUGUUCACGUUCCAAAUUCGAAUAAUAUACAUGGUACCUAUGCUGUUGGAGAUCCAACAUGUGUUUCAUCAUCACCAAAUGCAUCUAACCAAAUGACUGAAUUCACCAAGUUCUUAGUGAAAAAGGACUUACUUUUGUCACGACUUACCAAGUAUGAUGAUAAUCCAAUGCUGUAUAACGCAUGGAAGUUAAACUUCAAAGGCAUAAUGAGGGAGUUGGCCACUACAUCAACCGAGGAACUGGACCUGUUGGUAAGAUGGCUUGGUCCCGCGUCCUCCAGACAAGCCAGUACCAUACGUGCAUGUAACGCAGACAAUUCAGCCCUGGCCGUGAAGAAGAUAUGGGAGAGGCUUGAAGAGCGAUUUGGGUUACCAGAGAUGGUAGAAAGGAGUCUGAAAGAGCGUAUUACAUCAUUCCCUAAAAUCACCGCCAACGACAACAAACGUUUAUUUGACUUAGCUGAUCUAGUCAGUGAAAUAGCAUCUGUUAAGGAACAACCACAAUACCAUGUUCUCUUUGGUUAUUUCGAUUCUUCUACUGGAAUAAACCCGAUUGCAUCAAAGUUACCAUGGAACCUUCAAGAAAAGUGGGUGACAGAGGCCAGUAGAUUUAAACGACAACAGGGAAACGCUUUCCCUCCUUUCCCAGUGUUUGUCAAGUUCAUACAAGACACAGCCAAGACACGGAACGACCCAAGUUUCCAGUUCGACCGCUCAGAAAAGAUGAGUUCAAGCUCUAGUGUACCAAAGAAGACAUCAACUGUGGUUGUCAAGAAGACUGAGACUACAAGUAACACUGCCAAUUUAGAUGAUUCACAACUGUGCCCAUUACACAAGACAAGACAUUUACUCAAUGAAUGUUCAGCUUUCCGCAGAAAGCCCCUCGAAGAGCGAAAGAAGUUUGUUCUUUCCAAUGGCAUAUGUUUCAAGUGCUGUGGACCUAAGAAACACAGAGCCAUGAACUGCAAAACAAAUGUGAAAUGUGACAUCUGUAAGAAAUCUUCACAUCCAAGUGCACUUCAUGUGGAUGUGGAUUGCCACGUAGGGGAGCCCACGCCAGAAGGGACGGUGAAGAAUGCGUGCACUCAAAUUUGUGGAAAGGCAAAUGGGACUAGCAGAUCCUGUGCUAAGAUUAUACCAGUUAGAGUAUAUCCUAAAGAUGACCCACACAAGUGUCGAGUUGUGUACGCACUCAUAGAUGACCAGAGCAGUCAUUCCUUGGCAACUUCACCAUUUUUUGACUUCUUUUCACCAGGAAGUACCAAAUAUCAGUAUGUACUGUCUUCAUGCGCAGGAAGAUUCACUGCUUCAGGAAGGAAGGGUCAUGGUUAUGUAAUAGAGUCGUUGGAUUGGACACAAAAGUUAGACCUACCAGUUGUCAUUGAGUGCAACGACAUACCUAAUAACAGAGACGAAAUCCCAUUUCCUGCUGUUGCACAACAGUACCCUCACCUUCAAGAAAUCGCAUCGUUGAUACCUACAGUGAUGGACGACAUCGAGAUUGAACUUCUUAUUGGAAGAGAUGUAGUCUCUGCACACCAUGUUCUGGACCAGAAACUUUGUGAGAGUGACCUUCCAAUAGCCCAAAAGCUCCCUCUUGGUUGGGUCAUUAUUGGACAAGUUUGCAUGGGUAACCUACAUUAUUCAAAUGCUGUAAAUGUGAACAAGACUUUCAUUUUACAGAACGGCAGACCAACUAUAUUUGAACCUUGUGACAGCAGGUUCCGUAUUACUGACAACCCAUUUGUGAAAACAGAACACGAUGAAAAAACAGGUUUCUCUAUUGAGGACAAAGACUUUCUUCAUGUGAUGAAAUCCGGCUUGAAAAAAGAGGAGGAUGGACAUUGGACGGCGCCACUUCCCUUUCGACGUGAUAGGCCAGUUUUACCCAAUAACAAAGUACAAGCCUUGAAGCGUGCAAAGACAUUCGAUGCCAGUCUCCAACGUGACCCACUUAAACGUCAACACGUACUGGAAUUUAUGGACAAAAUCUUCACACGUGGACAUGCUGAAAAGGCGCCAACCAUUCCCCAAGAUCAGGAGUGUUGGUACCUCCCCAUGUUUGGAGUGUACCAUCCUAAAAAACCAAACUCCAUAAGGGUUGUAUUCGAUUCCUCAGCUCGUCAUGAAGGAUUAUCAUUAAAUGAUGUUUUGAUGAAGGGACCAGACCUCUCGAACAGUGUGCUGGGCGUUCUCCUUCGUUUCCGUGAGAAUGCUGUUGCCAUAACUGCAGACGUGGAACAAAUGUUUCACAAUUUCCGAGUUGAUGAGUCAGACCGCAACUAUUUACGUUUUUUAUGGCACCAGGGUAAUGACUUUGAGAUCCCUUAGAAGAGUUCCGGAUGAGAGUCCAUGUGUUUGGGAACUCCCCAUCGCCAACAGUGGCCACAUAUGGUUUACGUCGAUCUGUCAUUGAUGCUGAACCAGAUGUCAAGAACUUUGUGUUCCACAAUUUCUACGUAGAUGAUGGGCUCACCAGCUGUGACACAGAGGAGAAGGCAGUAAGCCUGAUGAAGCGGACUCAAAGAGCACUUAUGAAAGGAGGAAUUUUGCGUCUCCAUAAGAUAGCAUCUAAUUCCAAGUCAGUUCUUAGCCAAUUCGACCAAGAUGACCUUGCUAAGGACUUAAAAAGCAUGGACUUUGGUUCUGAAGUCAUACCAAUGCAGAGGACUCUCGGUGUGAUUUGGGAUAUUGAGUCCGACAAGAUCACCUUUCAAGUUUCAAGAGAAACAAAGCCAUACACUCGUAGAGGAGUACUGGCAACAAUUAACAGUUUAUUUGAUCCUCUGGGAUUUGCCUCACCUGUCACACUCCAGGGUAAACUACUACUUCGGGAAAUGAUGUUGCCCCCAGGUCCUGCUGACUGGGACGAACCACUCCAUGAAUCCUUUCGUGAGCAAUGGGAAAGGUGGGUGGAAUCUCUGCAUCACUUAGAGGAGGUUGAGGUCUCAAGGAUGUAUGGAGAACUCUCAUUAUCCCAGGUAUCUAGCACUGAAGUCCACAUAUUCUGUGAUGCCUCUAAGGAUGCUAUCGCGGCUGUGGCAUACAUCAAGACUAUGGGAGAAGAUUCAUCGGAUGUAGGAUUCUUGCUUGGAAAAGCAAAAGUAGCACCCAAUCAUGGCCAUACUAUACCUCGUUUAGAGCUGUGUGCUGCUGUGGUUGCAGUUGAGUUGGCUGAAGUUGCCAAAGAACAACUGGAUCUUAAGAAAGAAGAUUUCCAUUUUUACUCUGAUAGCCGUGUGGUGCUCGGAUACAUAUCAGCAGAAACUAGAAGAUUUCACGUUUAUGUAGCCAACAGAGUCAGUCGCAUCAGAUCAUUCUGUGGACCAGAACAGUGGAACCAUGUGCCCACAGACGACAAUCCUGCAGACGUCGCAACUCGUAAGUUUAGAACUUCAGAUCUCACAGGCAGCAUGUGGUUAAGAGGACCUGAUCUUUUACAGAGAGUCAAUCUUGACGAUGUGAAUGAACACUUUCCUCUUGUUGAUGCUGAGAGUGAUAAAGAAAGAUAUAUCAGCCGUUAAGACAAUACUAGAGCCUGUCUUAGGCUCAGGACGCUUUUCACGUUUCUCAACAUGGAAAAGUUUAGUGAGAGCCAUAAUCACUUUGAAGAUGUUUGCCAGAAAAACCAGUGCCUCUCAUGUUAUUGAUGAUCCAGAUUUGAUUGAAUCUACAGAAAAACUCAUCAUCAAGGAAGCACAGUUUGAGACCUAUGGUGCAGAAAUCAGGGCCAUUAGAAAUGGCAGUGGUCCUCCAAAGAACAGUCCCCUCUUACCCUUAAAUCCCAUCUUGAACGAUGAUGGUCUUCUGCGUGUCGGUGGACGUAUCCAUCGUAAGCAAGUCAAGCAAGGUAAUAACCACCGUUCAGCUCAUCCCAUUAUACUCCCAAAGAACCAUCAUGUUGCAGUUCUGAUAAUACGUCAUUAUCACUCUAAGAUACACCACCAGGGCAGGCACAUGACAGAAGGGGUUAUACGAUCUGCCGGCUAUUGGAUUGUCAAUGGAAAGCGCAUGAUUUCAUCUGAGAUCCACCAUUGUGUCACUUGUCGAAAACUUCGUGGGAAGUUUGGAUGGGUUCAGAUGGCAGACUUACCAGAGGAUAGACUGCAAGAAGCUCCACCAUUCACCUUUGUUGGUUUAGACGUCUUUGGGCCCUGGUCAGUGGUAACAAGGAGAACACGGGGUGGUUCAGCAAAUUCAAAGAGAUGGGGUGUGUUAUUUACAUGUUUAGUGUCUCGUGGAAUUCAUGUGGAACUUGUAGAAGAAGUCAGUUCAUCCUCAUUCAUUAACUGUAUGCGGAGAUUCAUUGCCGUACGAGGUCCUGUCCAGCAAAUUCGCUCUGAUCGAGGGACAAAUUUUAUAGGGGCUGUAAAAAAAACUCAAUAUUGAUGCAGAGUUUGUAGAAACUGGACCAGUUAAAGAGUACCUGACUGAAAGUAAAAUAUUAUGGGUGUUUAAUCCUCCCCAUGCCUCCCACUUUGGGGGAGUAUGGGAACGGAUGAUUGGGUCAGUUCGACGCAUUUUGGAUGCUCUUCUUCUGGAGAACAGGUCCUUUGACUUGACACAUGAAGUUUUGUCAACCUUCAUGGCAGAAGCGUGCGCUAUUGUGAACAGUAGAACACAGAUCCUGAGGCACCAGCUGUCCUUUCACCAUCAAUGCUGCUCACACAGAAACGACCAGAAACCACGUUCCAGUUACCCAAGUUCGGGAAUAAGGAUGCUCUACGCAGCCAGUGGAAGUUAGUUCAACGCUUAGCUGAUGAAUUCUGGUCAAGAUGGAGGACAGAUUAUCUGAAUGUGUUACAGAAACGUGCAAAGUGGAUCAGUGAGGGUGAACGCUUCAAGGAAGGAGACGUCAUUCUCGUUAAAGAUCAAGAUUCUCACCGAAAUCAUUGGCCAUUAGGAGUAGUGGAGGAAGCAUUUCCCAGCAAAGAUUCAAAGGUUCGAAAAGUGAAGGUGACCGUAUUUCGCAACAACUCCAGAGUAUCCUAUGUGCGCCCAGUGUGCCAGCUUGUGAGACUGGUUGAAGUAGUUUAGAGCUGUCUUGAGUUUGUUAUUAUUACAGAUCAAUUGAUGAAAAUGUUAUAAUGCAGAAUUUUCAUGUGUGUAAUAUUUUCAACUGAAUUUUUUCAUUGUUGAUGACAUAUCCUUAAGUGCGUCACUUUGUGUUCAUUCGGUUGAUAUGGUGAUUUCUGUGAGAAAUCAGUAGGGGAGUGUGAUGGAAUUGUAAUUCCGGAAUUUUCUUAUUUGCUCGUUUUGCAGUUGUUAGUUUUUUAUUUAGAAUCACUGCUUUUCCCGCAAACACGCUGUGUGAAGUUUUUUAGUUUUUCGAGCUAUCAAGAGCCAAAGAGUAAGUGUUUAUCAAGUGCAUAAUGUUAAUCACAUUGUUCGUAAUGUAUAUUGAUGCUUUCAUGCAAUUUUUGAGUGAGAUUUUGUGCAUUUAUACUUAUUACUCAAUACACAUGUUGAUCAUUGGCUCAGGCUAGGUAUAAAACAUGGACCAGUCCAAUGUAUUUUGUGUAUCAAAUCUUUGAUUAAUAUUACUGUUACUUACCGCCUUGCAUAUUUGUGUGUGUGUACAUUGAUUUUUUGGUAGGUAAGUUUGUAGAGUUUAAAAUUAAGAAUCGCUUCUGUGAAGAACUUCCAUUUUCGUUUAUUUUCCAAUUUUGGCAUUGUAUAAAAUUCGGAUUGGUCACUAGGAUUGGAAAUGGUUCGUAAUUGUCAUAUAGUCAGUUAUUUUCUAUGUGAAUUCUUACUUAUGAACCUUUGUUGUUAUCUUUCAGUAUUUCACCCUCUCAGGAGGAGGCAGAAUAAAUUUGGAACAUUAAAA